AUGCAAAUGAUCGUCUUACUUCAGAAGAAAAUCGAUCGCAGAGCAGAAGACGAGGAUCGCCGUCGGAGAUCUGAAAGAGAAGCCAGACUCGAGAAUGAAAAGAGAGAGAGAGAACAGAAAGAGAGGAGGUUCGAAACUACCCGAUCGCUGCGCGAGGAACAACGACGCGAAGAAAAACUACGACAAGCACGAAUCGACCAAGAAUGGGAAGAGAACAAACGGCGGUUCGAGGAACGUCUAGCACUUGACCGCGAAGAAGCGAGGCAGUGUCACGAGCAAAUGAUGCUAGCGGUAACCAACCUUCAGAGAAAGUAA